AUGGCAUUGGGCCCCUUAUGGCAAGGGGUGUGUCAAAUAAGCCCCUAUGUUUCGACGUUUGGACUCUCACUCGUGAGACUUGACAUCCGGCAAGAGUCAGAUAGGCACACCGAUGUUCUGGAUGCUAUCACGAGGCACCUCGAAAUCGGAUCCUACAAGGAAUGGCCUGAGGAGCGCCGUCAAGAAUGGCUCUUAUCUGAACUUAGUGGCAAGCGUCCGUUGUUUGGUCCGGACCUUCCAAAAACCGAGGAGAUUGCUGAUGUCCUCGACACGUUUCACGUCAUUGCUGAGCUCCCCUCGGAUAACUUUGGCGCCUACAUUAUUUCAAUGGCGACUUCCCCGUCUGAUGUGCUCGCCGUGGAGCUCUUGCAACGAGAGUGCCACAUCAAGACCCCUCUGAGAGUAGUUCCGCUGUUUGAAAAACUCGCCGAUCUUGAGGCCGCCCCUGCGGCCGUGGCUCGGCUGUUUUCCAUAGAUUGGUACCGGAACAGAAUCAACGGAAAACAAGAGGUCAUGAUCGGAUACUCGGAUUCGGGGAAGGAUGCCGGUCGGCUUUCUGCUGCGUGGCAGUUGUACAAGGCUCAAGAGGAGCUCAUAAAGGUGGCGAAAGAAUUCGGGGUGAAGCUCACGAUGUUCCACGGCCGAGGAGGGACUGUCGGGCGAGGAGGGGGCCCAACCCACCUUGCCAUACUGUCUCAACCGCCGGACACCAUUCAUGGCUCGCUCCGUGUCACGGUGCAGGGAGAAGUUGGUGGCGGAAGUGGUGGUGGAGGAAGCGGGGGCUACGACGGCAGCGGUGGUGGCGGUAGCGGCGGCUCCGGAUUAAGGAGGCUGAGCUGCGGCGAGUUGACGAGUCUCAGUCAUUUCGUCGAACACAUGUUUUAUGAUGGGAAGUGA